CUGUGCAAGCUAAGGAAAGAUCUUUUACUAUAUAGAAAUCGAUUUUGGAUAGUAUACUUUUUUGGAAAGCUUGGAUGUGAUUAGUAGAAGUGCUAGAAUGAAGGAUUUAUUGGUAGAUUAUGAUGGUUUUAUGUGAGAAAGGAACAUUUUUUGGGUAGAUUCAUUGAUGUGAAAUGUUGGCAAUGAAGAGUUUGAUUUUAAAAUUUGUAGAACUUGUUAAUAUAACCUCAGAGUCAUCUCAAAACUUGCUAAUAAUAACUUAUUGACUCACUAAGCAAUAUAAUAUCUUAUUAGCUUAUUUUUCGCUUUCUACUACAAAAAUUUUUCUUUACCUCCAAAAAUUCAAAAUUCCAUGAAGCUUGCUACCAUAAGAAUACUUUCUACGACCAUUAUCUCCACUCUCUGCCCACUAAUACUACUCAAGGGCAGCCGCUUGCCCAAUACCCCUCCACUGACCCAAGCCUG